AUGCAAUCUGGUUCUCAAUCUAAAUGCACCAGUUCUGCAACAGCAAGCAGUAGCAGUACUAGCAGCAAAGUCUCUGCAGAAACUGGUCGUCACCCAGUGUACCGUGGAGUGAGGCGUAGGAGUAGUGGAAAAUGGGUGUCUGAAAUUCGUGAGCCAAGGAAGCCUGAUAGGAUUUGGUUAGGGACAUUCCCUACACCAGAAAUGGCUGCUAUUGCAUAUGAUGUGGCUGCAAUUGCUCUUAAGGGUAAGGAUGCUGAGUUGAACUUCCCUGACUCAGCUUCUUCAUUGCCUGUCCCUGCUUCUUUGUCUGCUAGUGAUAUUAAGGUGGCUGCAGCUAGUGCUGCUUCUGCUGCUGGAGCAGCAAAGGAUGCUUUAUCUGGUAUUCAAGGAAGCCAAGAAAGAAAAGUUUCAGGGGAACAAGAACAACAGGAAGGGGUUAACCAGUUUGUGGAUGAGGAUUUGAUCUUUGAUAUGCCCAAUGUUCUUGUCAAUAUGGCUGAAGGAAUGCUGCUUAGCCCUCCUCCUAUUGACAUUGGUGUGGAGGCUUCUUCCCCUGAAAACAUGGACCUAGAGCCAAGCCUGUGGGAUUUCCCUUAA